AUGAGGCGGCUGCGGCGCUGGGCGUUCGCGGUGCUGCCGCUGCUGCUGCCGCUGCUCCCCGCGCCCGGUCUUGGGGUUUGGGGUCCCACCGGAGCUCUGCGCUGGGGUGUCUCACCCCAGAUGGGGGGCCCAGAAGCCCCUGAGGUCACCCAGCCCAGCCGUCUGGUGGACCAAAGCUCAGGGGGAGAGAUCCGGAAACAGCAGCUGGACACCAGGGUCCGCCAGGAGUCACCCGGGGGGCCGGCCGCCCACCUCGCCCAAGUGAGCUUUGUCAUUCCAGCCUUCAACUCCAACUUCACGCUGGACCUGGAGCUGAACCACCACCUUCUGUCCUCGCAAUAUGUGGAGCGCCACUUCAGUCGGGAGGGCACCGCCCAGCAUACCACCGGUGCCAAAGACCACUGCUACUACCAAGGGAAGCUGCGGGGGAACCCUCACUCCUUCGCUGCUCUGUCCACCUGCCAGGGGCUACAUGGGGUCUUCUCUGAUGGGAACCUGACCUACAUCGUGGAGCCCCAGCACAUGGCUGGGCCUCAGGGAGCCCCUGAGGGACCCCUUCCCCAUCUCAUUUACCGGACCCCUCUCCUCCCAGCCCCCCUUGGAUGCAGGGGACCAGGGUGUCUGUUUGCUGCUCCUGUCCAUUCUGCUCCCCCGAACCGGCCGAGGCUGAGAAGGAAAAGGCAGGUCCGCCGGGGCCAUCCCACGGUGCACAGCGAAACCAAGUACGUGGAGCUGAUUGUCAUCAACGACCACCAGCUGUUUGAGCAGAUGCGCCAGUCAGUGGUCCUCACCAGCAACUUCGCCAAGUCUGUGGUGAAUCUGGCAGAUGUGAUGUACAAGGAGCAGCUCAACACCCGCAUUGUGCUGGUUGCCAUGGAGACGUGGGCCGAUGGGGACAAGAUCCAGGUGCAGGAUGACCUGCUGGAGACCCUGGCCCGGCUCAUGGUCUACCGGCGGGAGGGUCUGCCCGAGCCCAGCGAUGCCACCCACCUCUUUUCGGGCCGCACCUUCCAGAGCAGCAGCAGCGGGGCAGCCUACGUGGGGGGCAUCUGCUCACUGUCCAGGGGCGGGGGUGUGAACGAGUAUGGCAACAUGGGAGCCAUGGCCGUGACGCUGGCCCAGACACUGGGGCAGAACCUGGGCAUGAUGUGGAACAAGCACAGGAGCUCCGCAGGGGACUGCAAAUGUCCGGACAUCUGGCUGGGCUGCAUCAUGGAGGACACUGGGUUCUACCUGCCCCGCAAGUUCUCGCGCUGCAGCAUCGACGAGUAUAACCAGUUUCUGCAGGAGGGCGGCGGGAGCUGCCUCUUCAACAAGCCCCUCAAGCUCCUGGACCCUCCGGAGUGCGGGAACGGCUUCGUGGAGGCGGGAGAGGAGUGCGACUGUGGCUCCGUGCAGGAGUGCAGCCGUGCGGGCGGCAACUGCUGCAAGAAAUGCACCUUGACUCACGACGCCAUGUGCAGCGACGGGCUCUGCUGCCGCCGCUGCAAGUAUGAACCGCGAGGUGUUUCCUGCCGAGAGGCCGUGAACGAGUGUGACAUCGCCGAGACCUGCACCGGGGAUUCCAGCCAGUGUCCCCCUAACCUGCACAAGCUGGACGGCCACUACUGUGACCAGGAACAGGGCCGCUGCUAUGGAGGUCGCUGCAAAACCCGGGAUCGGCAGUGCCAGGCUCUCUGGGGCCGCGCGGCUGCGGAUCGCUUCUGCUACGAGAAGCUGAACGUGGAGGGGACGGAGCGUGGGAAUUGCGGGCGCAAGGGGUCAGGCUGGGUCCAGUGCAACAAACAGGAUGUGCUGUGUGGCUUCCUCCUUUGUGUGAACAUCUCUGGGGCCCCUCGGCUGGGGGACCUGGGAGGUGACAUCAGCAGCGUGACCUUCUACCACCAGGGCAGGGAGCUGGACUGCAGGGGAGGCCACGUGCAGCUGGCCGAUGGCUCGGACCUCAGCUACGUGGAGGAUGGCACGGCCUGUGGGCCCAACAUGCUGUGCCUGGACCAUCGCUGCCUGCCAGCCUCUGCUUUCAACUUCAGCACCUGCCCUGGCAGCGGGGACCGCCGGAUCUGCUCCCACCAUGGGGUCUGCAGCAACGAGGGAAAAUGCAUCUGUCAGUCCGACUGGACGGGCAAAGACUGCAGCAUUCACAACCCCCUGCCCACUCCCCCUCCCACUGGGGAGACGGAGCGGUACAAGGGUCCCAGCGGCACCAACAUCAUCAUCGGCUCCAUCGCCGGGGCUGUCCUGGUUGCAGCCAUUGUCCUGGGUGGCACGGGCUGGGGAUUUAAAAACAUCCGCCGAGGAAGGUAUGACCCGACCCAGCAGGGGGCAGUGUGA